CUUUCUUUGAGCUUAUGGCGACAUUCACACACCAGCUCAGAGGAGGCUGAACCGAAGCAACAGCGGGAGGAAGUCACCUUUCUAAGUUGAGCAAAGCACACCGGUUAUACCUGACCGUCAAACAGAGGAGGCAGACGCUGCGGUGCCUUCAGGAACAUGGCAAGAACUGGUGCAGCUAAGGGCAGCUCCAAAACACUUUUGAACCAGAACGGACUGAAAUGCGAAGAUAAUAGGAAGAAUGGCUAUUACAACAGCAGAGAGAAAAAUGGCCCAGGGACCAGUGUUGCCUCCAGGCAGCACAGGCAGGAGUCCUUUGAACAGGCUCCCAUGUACGUGGCUGUCAUGACAUACCUGGGCUUUGGCAUUGUCACCCUGUUUGGCUACCUCAGAGAUUUCCUCAGAGCUGUGGGCUUAGAGAAGUGCCACCUCGCCCAGGAAAGAGAGGAACAGAAGGAUUUUGUACCACUUUAUCAAGAUUUUGAGAACUUCUACACCCGAAACUUGUACAUGAGAGUACGAGACAACUGGAACCGUCCCGUGUGCAGCCUGCCAGGACCUGUCUUUGACCUGAUGGAGAGGGUGUCUGAUGACUACAACUGGACAUUCAGAUUUACCGGGAGGACAAUACACAAUGCCAUCAACAUGGGCUCUUACAACUACCUCGGUUUUGCUGAGAACAACGCUGAUUUCCUGAGAACUGUUGCAGACAAAACGCGCCAGUAUGGGGUUGGGGUUUGCAGCACAAGACAGGAAAUAGGAAACAUGAGCAUCCACGAAGAGCUGGAGAAACUUGUGGCCAGUUUCCUUGGAGUAGAGUCCUCCAUGACUUUCGGGAUGGGUUUCGCCACCAAUUCAAUGAACAUUCCAGCACUUGUUGGGAAGAGUUGUUUGAUAUUGAGCGAUGAGCUCAAUCACACGUCUCUCAUCUUAGGGGCCAGACUGUCAGGAGCGACCAUCCGGGUGUUCAAACACAACAACAUGCACAGUCUGGAGAAGAUGCUAAGAGAGGCGGUUUGUUCAGGGCAGCCUCGGACUCACAGGCCCUGGAGGAAGAUCCUCAUCAUGGUGGAAGGCAUCUAUAGCAUGGAAGGCUCAGUGGUGCGACUACCAGAGAUCAUUGCUCUGAAGAAGAAGUAUAAAGCAUAUCUGUACCUGGAUGAAGCCCACAGCAUCGGAGCAGUGGGACCAUCAGGUCGGGGCGUGACCGAGCUGUUUGAUGUGAACCCAGCUGACGUGGACGUGAUGAUGGGCACCUUCACCAAGAGCUUUGGGGCUGCUGGAGGCUACAUCGCAGGGAAAAAGGAGCUGGUGGACUACCUGCGUAGUCAUUCUCACAGUGCAGUGUACGCCUCGGCCAUGUCCCCUCCUGUCACUGAGCAGAUCAUACGUGCCCUGAAGUGCAUCAUGGGAAAAGACGGGAGCACAGAGGGCAUUAGACGGAUCCACCAACUGGCAGAGAACACCAGAUACUUUAGGGCCAGGCUGAAGGAGAUGGGCUUCAUCAUCUAUGGCAAUGAUGACUCACCUGUGGUUCCAAUCCUGCUCUACAUGCCCGGCAAAGUGGUGGCUUUUGCUCGAGAAAUGCUGGAGAGGAAAAUCGGUGUAGUGGUAGUCGGUUUUCCAGCCACGCCGAUUACAGAAGCCCGAGCUCGUUUCUGUUUGUCUGCAGCACACACCAGAGCCAUGCUGGACCAGGUGCUGCACCAUCUGAACGAGGUGGGAGACCUUCUCUGUCUGAAGUUCUCACGGCGAAAAUAUUCCUCUCCGUCUGACCUCUGUGACGAGACAGACUUUGAGCUGGACAGCUGAUAUGACCCUUGACACCCUCACUUCACAGUGUCAAAACUAAGUCUAAGUGUCUAUGCCACAGCAGACCCAUAAACGCACAAUGUAGAGUAACACCCAUGUCUCACUGCAGAAAAUGGGCCAAAUGUUUGGCAGCUGCUUUUUAUAUGUUUGUAAAACAUUGCAAUUUAACAGAACACUUAUGUGUGCUUCUUAAAAACUGCAGGAAAUAUUGAACUAUUGUAUUUCUGAAUACAUUCGAUUGUGAAUAUAUACAUGAAAUUAUUGCACAAGAAUUGCUGUUUCGUUGUCAAAUCUUGAGUUUUUUAUCUUUUUAUAGAGGGACAAAUCGCAUAUUGUUAUUUUCAGUUUAUGAGUUCAGCUCCUCUGCACAUUCGAAGACAGUUUUAAAAUUUUAAAUCAAAAGGGAGCUCCUCUUUUUACACAUUGUUUUAUUGUGAUUACUCAUCUAUAUUUAGACUCUGAAAACUUUUUUAUAGAAGCAUUUUGUUCUUGUCAUAAAUUAAUAUCAGCCACCAUCUAUUAAAAAACCUGUUUGUUGUUAUUAUUAUUAGAGUGUGAUACACUCUAGGCAUUGACAUGAAAUUCAAAAAUAUCUCCCUCCAGUGUAUGACUGGAUUACUAAAAAUGUCUGCUGAUUUUCCUUUUUAUGUUAUUUUAUUUUUAUUUUUAUUUUUAUUUUUUUUAUUUUUUUUUUUACAAUAAAACACAGACACCACACCUGAAAACUUCCUGAAUGUGAAGGUGAUUAAUUAUCUGAGUGGCAGGCUCCCAAAAGUCCUGAACCUUCCCUGUGGGACUGUGUUAAUUUCCCGACACACGAUUAUUUACACUGUUCACGGCUGAAUUGAAUGAGCAAAAUAUGACAGAGACGCCUUCAUCGCGUUCCACAGCUUUUAUAAAAAUAAAUGUCCUCAGCGUUAACACCGCUUUCAUCUCCACAGUAAAUGAUAACCUUCCUGUAGCUAAUAGAUCACGCAGCAAUUACUUUUUUGACAUGCCAUUAAAUCUCAGCAACCACUGCGCAGAAUAAAAAAAGGUGUUAUGGCUUGUUUUGUGGCGAGACUGCUCAUAUUCAUCGAGUCGUAACAGCUUAAUUGUUGAUGUUUUAAAGACCCGCUGUUCUCUUUCACACACAAAACUGCGUAACAGUUGUGAAGGUAAGCACGCAGAGUAUGCAGCACCUGAGCCAACAGAAACCUAACCUAGCAAUUAACACUGAACUCUAAAUUCUUGUGGUAUGGGGUAAUCAUUUGAUUAACACAGAAAGGAUUAUAGACGGAUGAUAAAUGUGUCAGAUUGAGUCUAGUUGACACUUGUUUGCUUUCAGGACCCUCCCAUGUUUGUGUUUUUAACGUGCCCAUAAACAACAUAAUGAUAACAUUUUACUGGAUGGAAUGAAAAUACAAUGUGUGAUCUUUGGGAAAAACAUGGGAGAUGAACUGCAGACACAGAGUGGAAAUUAAGAAAAGUUAAAAAAAAAAAAAAAAAAAAACUAAUUUUCCCC